AUGGAAUACCAGAAUCAGGCAAAGCAAUUGUUUCAAAAAAUAGCUGGAGAUUCCACUGCACCAGCCAGACAGACUAUAGAGACAGGACCAUACCUAUUCCAUUACCUGAUAGAACGUAGCGUUUGCUACCUUGUCUUGUGUGAAAAGGCUUUCUCCAAAAGACUUGCUUUUUCAUAUUUAGAAGAAUUACAAGGAGAAUUUUCAUCGCAGUAUGGGAAGAAAAUAGAAACUGUAUCUAGACCUUAUCACUUCAUUGCUUUUGAUACAUUUAUUACAAAAACUCGAAAGUCUUACAUGGAUUCCCGAGCACGAAAAAACUUGUCCAACAUCAACACAGAAUUGCAGGAUGUGCAACGGAUUAUGGUUCAGAAUAUUGAUGAUGUUUUACAACGAGGAGAAGCAUUAAACACUCUGGGUAACAAAGCCAGUAACCUGUCCAUACUCUCACAGCAGUAUAAAAAAGAUGCAACUUAUCUGAACCUCCGGUCCACAUAUGCCAAAGUUGCUGCUGUAGUUAUCGUCAUAGUUGUCUUCUUUUUGUUCAUUCGUUUUUGGUGGUGGUAA